AGUACAAAAAAAGCAGUCUUGGAUAAAAGUCUGUGAUAACUGUGAUCGAGAAACGAUUGCAUCACUUACCUUCUGAUAGUCUUUUGCAAUAAAACGGCUUUGUAGUGUGUGCCAUCUUCCGUUAAAUCCGCACGAAAAGAGCGCUGAAGGAGUACAAUAAACUGAAGGUGUGCCGUGGUAUUCUUCGGGAAAGGCAGAAGACAGUUUAAACCAUGGCAAGCCAGGACUUGAUGGCGAAAAAAAGAGAAUGCCUCCAGGCUUACAGCUGGUGGAGAACGCCACAGAAGAAAAGGAAGAAAAAGAACAAAAUAAAACCCGGAAGAAUAGAAUUUGUCCCUAGUAGUACUUCAGCAAGACCGGAUUAUUCGAUAUUUGUUGGGGAGCUUACUCCAGAAGUGGAUGAUUUCCAGCUCUAUGACUAUUUCCUAAAGAGGUACCCCUCAUGUAUUGACUGCAAAAUAGCAACAGACCUGCUGGGAUAUUCCAGAGGGUAUGCCUUUGUCAGAUUUGGUGAGCAAGGUGAUCAGAUGAGGGCACUGCAAGACUGCCAGAAUGCACCAGGUCUGGGGGGAAAACGAAUCCGGCUGAGCAUAGGAAUUUCUAAAAGACUGAAAGCAGAAUUCCAGCGGUACCAGUCGUACAACUAUAAUGAUUAUUACCAAGAUUAUCAGAACUACUACUCACAGUGGGGUUAUGAUCCUUAUACUGAUUACAACUACAGCUCCUAUGCUCCCUAUGAUAGCAUGCAAGCUGUUGGAGACUGCUCUUUAGGAGAUGCUGUUAUGGCUCCAGCUGUUUUUGAGGAAACUGCAGCUAUGACUGAAAUCAGUGAUGACCUAAUAACUGAAGAUCCACAGCUUUACUUCGAUGUUGAUGAAAUGAACAGACAAUUUAUGGAGACAAGUGAAGAACUCUAUGAUUCCCUCAUGAAUUGUCACUGGCAACCUCUGGAUACGGUCACUUCUGACAUCCCCCCCGCUAUUUAAGUGUCUUAUAUAGCAUGACCGUUAUGACCAAGGUGCUAAAAUUACAUUUCUUCUACAUUACUCUAGAUCAUAAGUUUUAAAGCACAAUGAUAGGUUGGGUUUUUUUGCUAUGCUUUUGACAGUUUCUGUAAUUUUUUUUUUGUUCAUCACUCUACUCUUGGAGCAUCUUGAAAUCAUGUAAAUAUUCUAGAAAUGUAAAGAGUUCAAUGGGGUCUAAAGAUAGACUUGCCUGUGUAAAUAAAAUUUUGUUUCUGCAAACCUGCCAGCAAGGGAUUUUACUUACAUAUGUGAAGCACAUUCUCUUCUGGCUUGUGGAAUUUAGCUGGAGGCAGUAGGAGUAUGUCACCUGUCUUUUGGUAUGGUCAUCAAGAUGCUAGCAAAAACUAGCUCUCGACGAUUUCCAAGUUACUUAGGCAAUCUUCUCACAGGCUCUUAACACGCUUGCUUAGAUUAUAUGCGUGUUUGGGAGACACUCCCAGGGUUUGCUAUGGGAGCCCUUGGACCCACUUUCUCCUGCAGUCUGCUGGCACCAACUUCACUACUGUUGAUCUGUUAGGUCAGUUAAAAUUGCUUUAUCAAUGUGGUAUUUUAAACAUACAGAAGGGCAAACUUUCAGCUGCCAUAGCUGCGAACAUUCCAAAGACUGAGAAUGAUCCCUACUGACAAUUUUAUCCCUGCCCUCAGUGUUAGUCUUCUCCACUGACACUUUACAGCAAAAAAAAAAAAGGUGUAACAUAAUACAUGUCCCUAAAACUGAAAAUCCUUGGAGAAAAUUAACUUUCUGGUUUAAAGGAGGAAAAAUAACCCAUUGGGAAUAAAAAGCUAUCCUAGUAACAACUCUUCAGCUAAGUUGCACCCUAUCUUAAACAUGUCUGAUCUGUUCAGUCUUCGUGCUCAGGUGUUUUAUAGUGAUGAGGUUAUAAAAUUUUAGUAGGGUGACAGUUUUCAGUAUUCAAGUCAAAGGAGAUUAGGGGAGAGAGCAAUGAGGAAAGCUCUGCUUUUAAGCUAGCAACUUCUGAGCAGCUUCCUCUAAACUGUUCCUGUCUUGAAGGGUAUAAAGUAUUUUCCAGUCACAGGGACUACUUAAGGCCCUGUGUAUGCCUAAGUAUUUACUACUUGUUUCUGGCCUUAUUUUAAUAAGAAGACUCUUCCAAAAAAAAAAAAAAGUAGCAGAAAUUAUCAUAGCUAAUAAUGUGGAAGCUACUAAAGCUAGUCAAGACACUUCAGUACUGCCAUGUGAGUUUUGGGGGUAGUCUAAACCAUAAUUGUUGUGAUGGCAGAUAGGAAUAAAGUUCUCUGGCUUUUUUUAUGACUUAAUGUAAUUAAAGUGGUGGUCAUAACCUAUAUGCUGUUCUUAAAUGUAAAACAAAUACUGUAUUGCAGAGUGAUGACUCAGCGCUGGCAGGUCAUUUCUAGCUGCUGACCCAUCUUUUCCCUUCACAGUUUAAUUUUGGCUAGGAAUAUUUGCAAAGUCCUGCCCAUGAAAUGCAAAUGUUCUACAACAGAAGAGGCUUUUGGAGUACUAUAGGAAGUUCAUUCUUCCUGGAUUUUGUGCAUGUAUAUGGGUAGGAGGAGGCAGAAAGCAAAAAAACCUCAUCUAGGCAGGGGGAGUAGCAUCACAGUUUAGCAACUGUUUUCCUGCUUUGGAGAGAAAUAGUUGCAAGGUAGCUGGGAACAUGGAUUUCUUGGGUGCAUGUUUCCCUUUGUGUGAACUGGUGAGUCUUUGUAGGGUGAUGGUAGGGGGAUUAUUAAGGAGAAUGUGACUGGAAGUGGAAUAAAGGAAAGAGAGCAUGUGAGUGGGAAAGGGGGUGCUUGUGUGCAUGUAUAGAAUUGUUUCAGGGGACUGCAGUAGGGAGGAAACUCAAGAUGCUAGAUGCAGGCCCCUGGAGUUUGGAUGGGAGUGUUAAAGCUUCAGAACUGUGCAGGAUUUAAUGCCGCUUCAGCUGCAGUGCAUGGCUGUGGCGCUUGAGCUAUAACUGCUCUGCUGAGUGAAGGAUUUUGUAUCUAGCUAGUACCAUCACCGUGAGCAGCAAGGCAGCUUCCAGGUCUGCGCCUGGGUUAUGUCCUGCUUUGAAGUGGCUUGUGUAGCAUCACCUAGCACCUUACUGAAGUUGCAGCAAGAAAUUUGUGGAACCCUUUUAUUGCGUUAUCAGUUAAAAAUGCAAUGCUAAGGAUGUGUGUUGGCUCAGCAGAAAUACUAUGGAGUAUCUGUGCUGAUUUUUGGCAUUUGGAGGUUAAUCUAUGUGUAAACUGUGUAGUGAGAGGCCCACGUAGCUAUGUGGUUUCACUUAGCCUGACACUGUAUCACCACAGUUCACAAACCUCAAAAAAGUCACAGUCUGUGACCACCCCAUUUACGCAGAUUUUACUGGUAACAGGGUCUCUACACCGUUGCAGCCCGUGUGAUGCUGUUCUAAAAUAGCUCUCCGACCUCCUUCUCCCUCCUGAGCCUAUUCCUCUUCCCAGUUAGGAGUGUGUGCAUGGGAUCAGGGUCGUGUGCCCAGUGCACGGUCUUUACUGUGAAGGCAUACUGAGUGCAAAAUUUCUCCCUGUAUUGGCGUGUUACUCGUGAACCCCAAAUACGGGAGAAAGUGAGUGCAUCAGAGCUGUUAGAAUGCAUUGCUGAGGCUUUUUACCAAGUAAAUUCAGAGCUGUUCUACGAGGACCAGCCUGCAUCAGCUGGCUUACACAAAGAGCUGAAAGCAUCGUGCAGGUGCCUGCCAUCAUUUCUACAAAGAUCUGAUUGCAGUGAGAGCAUUUAAGAGGGGUGUGUGUGUGUGUGUACGUGACGUAGAAGCAACUUUUUCAACACCAUGCUAUUUCACUUCUUCCAGUUGUGCUUUGUCUCUGUGUUACCCAGCUGAAAUGUAGGUUUUCUUCAUUUAAGAUUGAUGAAGGGUUUUUUUGCAAGAAUACCCAGUGUUGGGUUUAUGAACUCUUCAUUGCACCGAGCUGCAAUAGAUAGUGCCUUUACUCAAAACCCACUAAUUUCUUCAAGAAAAGUAGUGUUUUGGUUUUCUAUCACUUCUCUGAACUUUAGCACGAUGGUUUGAGGGGUUACUAAUCCUACAGUCAGUG